AUGGCCCCACAUGGGAAUGGUGCCAAUACCAAAUCAAAAUCAACAACAUCAAAAGCUACAAAACAAAAGCAAAAGCCAAAUGGCGAAUUUACCAAACGUGUUACAGCUGCGUUAGCUGGUCUUGACGAUGGCGGCGAUGAUCUCGACAGUAGUCCUUCGGCUCCUUCAAUAAGUACAUCGGGAACUAUAAUACCAGCAACCACAAAUCAAUUAUUACCAUCAUCCUCCAGUUCUUCAACCGUCACCACCAUAACAACAAAUCAAUUACAAUUGCCAACAACUUCAAUAGCACUGGUAAAUAAUGAUAAUGAAACAAAUACAACUGAUACAUUAUCAGUGUGGUAUCAUGUGGAUAAAAUUCCAAAUAAUGCGCACAAAGCAAAAUGCAAAUUAUGCAGUCGUGAAUAUUCGAGAAAAGGUGGAAAUACAACUGGAAUAAGAAAACAUUUAUUUUAUAAACAUGGCAUACAAGAAUUCAUGCCCAAAACAUCCGAUCCAAAUACAAAAUUAAAAUCAGGAGAUAAAUAUUCACCAAGUGGAAAACGUCGUUUAAAUGAAAUCGCCAUUAAAUGUGUGGUGAAAGACGGUCGUUCUUUUGGUGAUCUUUCCAAACCUGGCCUAUGUGAAUUAUUUGAUGCAAUAGCUCCGGGAUUUCGACCACCUCACAGAAAUACAGUUCAGAAAAACUUGAAACGGCUGCGACAAUCAGCAACUCAAAAAUUGAAACAACAAUUGAGAUCAGUUGAUUUUCUUGGAGUUACGUCUGAUUUCUGGUCAGAUGCUCGUAACGUAUCUUAUUUAGUCUUAACGGGACAUUAUGUCGACAAGAAAUUUCGAUUAAAAAAUACCAUCAUUAGUUUUUCGUCGUUCAGUGAAAGACAUUUUGGAUAUAAUAUAGCUCAAGCUAUUGAAAAUCAAUUAAGACAGUUGGUUGUUUAUGAAAAAACAAGAACAAUUACAUGUGACGGUGCUUCCAACGUAAAGAAAUCAUUUGAACAAUUGGAUCCAUCUAUUCAACGUCUCCAAUGUCUGGGCCAUAAAUUUCAUUUAAUUGUGUGUAAUGGUAUUGGUCUCUGGGCAAAAUCAAAAAAAGAGAAAAAAACAAGUGAUAGUUCUGAUGUGAAAUCACGGAAUGACAGUAUCCGAGCAAUGAGUAUGGAAGAUUUAGAUGUGGAAGAGGAGGGAGGCUCAGACAAUGAAAUUGAUGAUAGCGAAAUUCAAACGGCAGAAAAUGAGAAUGAUACCUGGGCUGUUGAUGUUAUAGUAGAUGCAGAGAAUGAAGAUUCUAAUGAUUCAAUAUUAAAUGAAAAAAAAGAACUUGGUGAAAUAAUACAAAAAGUUAGAAAUUUGGUUAAAAUUAUCAAAAGAUCUUCCAUUGUAACAUCAUAUGUUAAUAAUUUGAAGUUGCAAUAUAAUGUUAAAAGAUCUUUACAGUUGGAUUGCAUCACACGGUGGAAUAGUACUCUAUUAAUGGUAGAAAUAAUGUUGUUACAUAAACCGGUGAUGCAUCAAUUGUUUGCCGAUCAACAUUUGAUCGAUAUAAAAACUGAACAACAAACACGAAUGACACUGAAUGAAUUAUCCAGUGAUGAUUGGAAUGUGCUUGAAUCUAUUCAAAUGGUGUUGAAACCAUUUUAUGAAGGAACAAAAUUGCUAAGUGGUUCACAUUAUGCAACAGUUGGUAUGGCGUUUUUUGCAAUACAUAAUAUAAAAGAAUUUUUACAAGAACCAACACGAGAUGAUCAUACCUUGAAUAAAUUGAAACAUAUGUUGCUGGAACAAUUGGAUAAGUAUUUCGAACACGAUAGACAACAAUAUGAGUUAAUUAAAGUAAGAUUAAAUAUGGUUUUUAUGGAAUGUGCUUGA